GAACGUAUAAAAAUGGUAAUUAUAAUCAUGCAUGUAAUGCCUGCAAGCCCUAAUAUGGGUAAAUCAGAUAGUACGAAUUUUUCCUCUACAACAACUUAACCCAGUAAUUCAUACAAGAUCAGUUUAACAAGAUUCAGGAAUAGCCGUGGUACUGAUUGAAGGCUGAUUUUGGACCACCACCACCUGAUUUUAAAAAAAGAAAUGCGCUCAUUUAAUGCACAUUUAAAAUGUGGGCUUCAUUGUUCUCUCAGCCUGUCACGAAGAUCAACUCUUUCGCUCAAGUUUAUUAAUAAUGGCAACCAACACGGUGAUUGUUGAUGAAAAUCAAGUAAAAGGCCAACACGAUUACACGCGGACAGAGGAAAAGAUCGUUGAAACUCAGAAGAAUCACCGCGGAUACAAUUUUGUCGCGAUAUUUCAUCUGGUCUUCUUCCACUCGCUGUCGAUUUAUUUCCUGCUGUUCAAACUGACUGCCACCCAGUGGCAAACAUAUCUCUGGAAUGCGUUCUAUUUCUUCUUCAGCGGUUUCGGCGUGUCGGCUGGAGUUCACCGACUUUGGGCGCACAAAACUUACAAAGCCAAAACACCGCUGAAAAUUUUACUAGCGAUUUGUUUUGCUGCUUCAGGUCAAGAAACGAUCAGGUAUUGGGUCCGAGACCAUCGCAUUCACCAUAAAUUCAGCGAAACUGAAGCGGAUCCGUAUGAUGUGCGGCGUGGAUUUUUUUAUGCUCACUUUGGUUGGCUCGCAAAAAAGAAAAGCCCGCUGGUCUUGGAGAAAGGACGGUCGAUCGACAUCAGUGACAUUAAAAGCUGUCCAAUUGUCAGCUUCCAUGACAAGCAUUAUCAAGUGCUGCGGCUUAUUCUAUGCUUCGCCCUUCCAACGACUGUGCCUGUCUACUUCUGGGGCGAGGACACGUGGACUGCGUUCCUCUUCAACGCCCUGAGGUUCGUUCUCGUGCUGAACGCUGUGUUCAGCCUCAACAGUUUUGGACAUUCGAUGGGCAGUCGGCCCUAUGACACUAACCUGAAGGCAGUCGAAAACUAUCCCGUCGCAAUCGCCACUUUUGGAGAGGGGUACCACAACUAUCACCACGCAUUUCCAUUCGACUACCGCACCUCUGACAUGGACUACUUCAAUCCCACCAUGCGCGUCAUCAAUAUGUUUGCGAAAAUUGGCUUGGCGUACGACUUGAAGGUCGCCUCUCCAGAGAUGAUUAAAAGAAGGGCGCAAAGGUCUGGAGAUGGCACGCACGUAUUUUGGGGCACGGUCGGCGGCGUCCCGGUAAUUGGUGACAAAGAUUGUUCUGUUUAUUAA